CCGCCCGCGCCGCGCCGCGCAACCGCCGCCGCGCGACCGCCGCCGCGCUCGGCCAUGCCGAAACACGAGUUUUUUGUGGACAUGACCUGUGAAGGCUGCUCCAAUGCAGUCACACGUGUCCUGCAAAGGCUGGGAGGUGUCCAAUUUGAUAUUGACCUGCCCAACAAGAAGGUGUGCAUCGACUCAGAGCAUAGCAUUGACACGCUCUUGGAAACCCUGAAGAAGACUGGAAAGAAUGCAUCCUACCUUGGGGAGAAGUCUACACAAUAGACUUCCCUGGUAUGAUGAGGAACUCGGGUAUGACGUCAGCAAAAAGACGGCUUAACUGUUUACAUACCUCUCAGCUUGCUCCAUCAUUUCACCAUUGCUACCCUGCCAGAUGUCAGAAAGCAGAGGGCUGGCAGGAGGAGAUAGCUGCAUCCUGUCUUUAGAAGCGGAGAAAUCUGUAGAAGGAGAUUAUAUACUGUUUCUGGUCCCUCAGUAAAUCAAGGCACUUCUUCUAUAUGUCAA